UAAAAUUUUAUUUUAUUUCUUAAACUUUGGGUUGGGAGGAGUAGUAAAUUUUAUGAAGAAGGUGAUAUGAUAAUGACGUGAAAAUACAUGAAAUUUACCCUUUCCUAUAAUUGGAAUAUUGAAAGUGUCUGCAAAGUAGUAGGGAAAUAGAAGGGUCAAUCCGUGAAGCAGCGACUUGUUUCUUCAAAAUUUCCAGCGCAGCAAAAUUCUCCAUUAAUGGAAUCGAACGAAGCUUCAUUAUCGACAUCUCCAUCAAGCUUCAGUUUGAGCCAGCAACGCCAUUUCUACCUCGCCGUCGAUAGACUUCAGUUCAAAAUGGAGACUUUGGUGGAUUUAUUGAGCAUGGCUGGCCGGCUUCGGUCCUUACCUAUUGUUGUUAGCUGCAGCACACGUGAUGAGCUUGAUGCUGUUUGCUAUGCACUCUCUAGUCUCUCACAUAUUACAAUCGACGCUCUGUACAGUGAUCUUCCUGAAGCGGAACGCGCAAGAGUUUUCUCUAGGUUUCGUCAGGCUACAAUGAGGUGGAACAAGCAGGCGACAGGUAAACACGGUGAUGCAGGGGAAACAGAGAAGGAAGAGGAAAAGUCUCAUGUGAUAGUUGUCACGGAUGUUUGCCUUCCCCUUGUUAACUCUGGGGAGUCUCCUAUUUAUGCCCGUGUCUUGGUUAAUUAUGAGCUACCAACAAAGAAGGAAACAUAUAUGAGGCGCAUGGCUACUUGUUUGGCUGCAGAUGGAAUUGCGAUCAACAUGGUUGUUGGAGGCGAAGUUGUUGCUCUCAAAAGCAUUGAAGAAAGUACUGGUCUUCUCAUAGACGAAAUGCCCAUUGAUAUUUUUGAGAUGCUGUAAAGAUAUGAGGCCCUGCAGCUGUCAUCUGAACCCAUGCUAUUUCAAGUAAUUCAGUAUAUGAUUUAAAAAUUCUAUACUUCUGUAGUACUACAUCAGACUGUCAUUUGGCUUACCUAAGUAGAGUUUUGUUGAUGAAUUUGGAUCCAAUUCCAUGCUUUGUCAAUUAUGAGAAAAUGAGGGUUGAUUUCCUGAA